AUGUCUGACUGCUCAGCCAACACUUUAAACAAUCCAAAGCAACGUCAAUCAGGCCAAGAUGCCGUAACCGAGGAUAACCCUGAAGCUCAGAAAUUGUACCAGGAGUCUCCGUUUAUAUAUGUCCCCACACGUUCGAAAAAGAAUAAAGGUCGGCGUGGUAAACCAGUUUGCGCCUAUGGCGAACCAGAUAAAGGCCGACUUGAAGACGAUCGGCUUCCGAAUCGCCAGGUUGAAAGUGAUUCAUGCUUCCCGAGUACGCCAAAUGUACUAUGUGCGAGGUCGAGUGCUGAGUUCACCUAUGUCGAGCGCAACAAAUCAAUGGUAGCUUGGCUGAAAAAAUCGCUUACGCAGUCUCACGCUCCUUCACGGAUACUACGUGUGCGAUGCUUGGCACUUGGCCCAUUCUCACCCGAUAACUUGGAACACUUGAGCGAGAACGCAACAUCUGACAAGCAGGCAGCAACAAUUCCGUCUAACAUGUUGCGAGGCAGCCAAUACCAACUGAUAUUCUUUCUUGAUGUUAUUCUACCUACCUUGAAAGCUCACAAUGUCGCCGCUCAAUCAGUCGGCGAAAGUCCCUCCCCUAGUGGUCCAAAGGGGGCUCGACACGAUAUAGAGAUCCAAGUCUCUUUCUACGACCCUGCAUUCAGACAGAGUGACAAAGCGUAUCUGAGGGGGCUAGGUCAUGAUGUCCAUGACAAGGAACAAGACUUAAUGUGUGAUGAACAUACAUUCUUCUACAUUCCACAUGGUCCUUUGAGCUUGUAUGCUGCGCUUCUGCAGGCAAAUCACGGUUCAAAACAUCCAGGAAGACUAGGAAAUUUGGUCUUAUUCGGGAACGAACUUACCAAUUAUCUUGACCUGGCAAAUCGAGGAAAGAAAGACUCGUCUUUCACGUCUAUAUCAGAUAUAUUAGAAAACAAUGAGAUCGUGUCAAAUUACCCACCUGAAGAGCUCACAACGCAAGGAGGCACUACUGUGUUCAAUUCCAUGUGCUUGCAGUGGUUUCGUACCAAUAAUCCAGGCACAAACAAAGGUACUGAGACGGAUAGAUAA